AAUUGUCGGAUGAUCCUAAACCCCAGACACGAAGUACUAUUUCUCCCGAAAUAAGGAGCGAUUCUGGAAUAUCAUCUAUCCCACCACCUACCGAAGACCACUCUAUUGAUUCCGUGCCCUUAGAGAAGAAUUCUGGUAAUAAUCCUGAAAAGAUAGAAAACAUAUCCGAUAACACAUCUAGCCACGAACAUGAGGGAGCAAGUAUUGACUCGACUUUGUCAAGAAUUUCCAAUAGCGAAGCUAGUGUCAAGGCACAUGAAUCGGAACAAACACCUAUUAAUCAAAAGGUUACCCGUAAUCAAAUGGUAGAACAAGUAUCAGGUGCACCACCUGACUCAAAAUCCGUUAUCAAGAAGACUUUAUCUGAAAAGCAAAAUAAUUCAGCUCAUACCCAUGCUAAUUUCUGCAACAAAACAUUGGAACAAUAUCCUGAUAUAUUUUAUGAAUAUAGUAAUGAAGGUGCCGAUUAUUAUGGAAUUAAUUCUGAGUCAUUAUGCCCAAUAUGCAAGUUAAAUCAUGAGGAUGGGGAAGGUGUAGAGGGCAAUUACGAGGCUGGAUCAUACUAUAUCAAGUGUGAAGCAUCCGAAAUUGAUAUGAUCCAGUACAUUGGCCGUGCCAGCUCUGCUGAUGCUGUAUAA